AUGGAUUGGCAACCCGAAGAGGAGGCAUUGAGCAAUCUAGCUCGCUUCCUACGCGACUCGCUCGCCGGUGGAAACAAUCCCGCCCGAGCUAAAGCUGAGCAGAUGCUCGCACAGGCGACUUCCUCGCCCGACUACAUCAAUUACAUCACAUACAUAUUCUCUCAUCCUCAAUCUCCCCCAUCGGCAGGGAUUCACGUCAAUGAAUACCCUACCGUUCGCUUUGCCGCUGGCACAAAUAUCAAGACCAAGAUCUCACUCGCUUAUAGCAUGAUAAAUCCUCAGAGUCUUGCCUACGUCAAGACCGCAACUCUGCAUACCUUGCGCGACACCGACCGCAAUGUUUCAAGAACCGCCGGUAGCAUCAUCACUGAGUUGGUCACUCGCGGGGGCUUACUUGCAUGGCCCGAAAUCGUCAACGAGCUCUUGUGCCUCGUCGGCAAUGCCUCUGGAAACGUCCCUAUGCCGGUUCGGGAGUCUGCUAUGGACGCUCUUCUGAAGGUCUGUGAGGAUAACCGUCGGGUCCUGGACAAAGAUUAUUCGGGUCAGCGUCCUCUUGACACCAUUAUUCCCAGUCUUCUCCAGUUUGCCUCUAUUGAGAGCCCCAAAAUUCGGUCCGCUGCUCUUACCACCAUCCACAUCUUUCUCCCCUACGGGCCCCAGGCCUUGAUGUCAUCGCUUGACCAGUUCCUUUCAACAUUAUUCAGUCUAUCCAGCGAUCCAAACCCCAGUGUUCGGCAAAUGGUGUGUCAAUCGUUCUCUCAGCUCGUGGAAUUCGCGCCAGAGAAGUUAGCCCCCCACAUGGAAGGGCUCGUCAGCUACAUCAUCAUGCAGCAGCAAUCCCAGGAUGACCCAGAGCUUGCGCUAGACGCAGCUGAAUUCUGGAUCGGAGCGGGAGAGCAGCAGCGCUUGAAAGACGACUUGGCACCAUACAUGCCUAAGAUCAUCCCGGUCCUCCUGCAGAACAUGAUUUAUGACGAGGAGGAAGUCGCUCGAUUGAUGGAAGAACAGGAUGAUGCCGAAACUGAGGAUCGUGCCGAAGAUCUUCGACCUCAAUUCGCCAAGUCCAAGGGCGAUCGUCUGAACACCUCGCGCCCCGGUGACCAAACAGCCGCCCCCCAGGAGCAACAGCCCGAGGAUGACUCGGAUCUCAGCGAUGGUGAGAUUGAAGACUCAGAAUUCGGAGAUGAUCCUUCCGGCAACUGGACUUUGCGGAAGUGCUCCGCUGCUGCACUUGACGUUUUCUCCAACGUGUACCACCGCCCCGUGUUUGAGAUCCUUCUGCCAUAUCUUAUGGAAACCUUGCGCCACGAUCAGUGGCCUAACCGCGAAGCCGCUGUCCUUACCCUUGGUGCCGUGGCAGAUGGCUGCAUGGAUGCAGUCACUCCCCACCUUCCCCAGCUUGUACCCUAUCUGAUCUCCCUUCUCAGCGACACACAGCCCGUCGUUCGCCAAAUCACAUGUUGGUGUCUGGCUCGUUACUCCGGCUGGGCUGCACACCUCCGCGACCCGGCUGAAAAGGCGCAAUUCUUUGAACCCAUGAUGGAGGGCAUCCUUCACCGCAUGCUCGAUAACAACAAGAAGGUCCAAGAAGCCGCUGCUUCCGCUUUCGCUAGCUUGGAGGAGAAGGCGGAUGAAAAUUUGGUGCCCUACUGCGAACCUAUUCUGCGCCAGUUCGUUGCAUGCUUCGGAAAGUACAAAGACCGCAACAUGUACAUUCUGUAUGAUUGUGUGCAAACACUCGCUGAGUGUGUUAUGAGCGAGUUGGCCAAGCCCCACCUGGUGGAGAUUCUUAUGCCUGCUCUCAUCGGUCGUUACAACUCCGUUACCGAUGAUUCUCGAGAACUAUUCCCCUUGCUAGAAUGCCUUGGAUAUGUGGCAGCUGCUUAUGGCGAUGUCUUUGCCCAAUUCGCCCCUCACCUUUUCUCUCGGUGCCGAACAAUCAUCUACGAUAACCUGAAGGCCUCUGUCCAAUCAGCCAGCAACGCCGCUUUCGAUGAACCGGACAAGGACUUCCUUGUCACCAGCAUCGACCUCUUGAGUGCUAUCAUCCAAGCUAUUGACCCGCAAAAGAGCGGCGAGCUAGUUGCCACCUCAAAACCGCACUUCUUCGAGCUCCUCUGCUACUGUAUGGAGGAUGCCAACUACGAAGUCCGCCAAUCUACCUACGCACUGCUCGGCGAUUGCGCGAUCAGCAUCUUCCCCCAGCUGAAGACUUUCAUCCCCAGCAUUAUCCCAAUCCUGAUCAAGCAGCUUGACCUGGAUCUGAUUCGCGAUGACGAUCGUCAUACUGGUUUCAGUGUUUUGAACAACGCCUGCUGGUCAUUGGGAGAAAUCGCCGUUCACGAGGACUCUUCUCUUGGUCCCUAUGUUGAGCAGUUGUACCAAGGACUGAUCACUAUCAUCAGCAACGAGGAGAUCAUCGACUCAGUGAACGAGAACGCAGCUAUUGCGUUGGGCCGCCUCGGCUUCUGCUGUGCUGAGCAGACUGCUCCUCAUCUCGGCGAAUUCUCGGCUGCCUUCCUGAAGUCAAUGGACAAGGUUGACUUCACUCGGGAGAAGGCCUCGGCCUUCCUUGGCUUCAAUCAAAUCGUCAUGAAGAACCCUCAAGCAAUGGAGUCAAGCUUACUGGAUUACUUCACCGCCAUUUCCUCCUUCCCUGCCCGCUCCUUGGCCCAAGAGGAGUACCGAGACAUCCAGGUCUCGUUCCAGCAGGUCCUCCAGGGAUACAAGGCAUUGAUUCCUAACUUCGGGGAUUUCCUCGGCCAGCUGCCCCCAGCUGUGGCUCAGACUCUGCGCACGGUGUAUCAGAUCUAA